UCUCUGGUUUGGUUCACUCUGCGCGUUUUAUGUUGAAUUUUAAAGAUUUUUAACCAUUUUUGAACAAAAUGACCGAUAACGAGGAAAGUGGAAAAGAAGGGAAGGAAAUUGAUCAAGAAUAUGAUUUUGCUACUGCAGAGAAACAAGUAGCGCGUGCAUUUUUACGUGAACGAUUCCUCAGAGUUGUCACCGGCGUUGUCGGUAAGCAGGCGCAAUUUCACAUGCACGAAAACACAAAAGUCUCGGCUGAAUUUCGUGGAUGUGACACUGACUGCCUCGAAGUAUUUGCUCGAAAUUUGACGACACCACUCGGCAAAAUUCCCGAAGCAAUUCUGAGGACUUCCGACAUCAUAUACUUUGAAAUGGAAGGAUUACCUCUGCCAGAGUCUACACAAAUUACUAGUUAAGUUAGUGAAAAAUUAUUUUAAAAAUUAUUAUUCAAUAUUGGAAGAAAAUAAUUUAAGACUCAAAUAAAAUUUAAUAGAAAUACUU